AGAAACAGAGUGAGAACUGAGAAGUGAGUACAGAUUAGGGUUUCUGAGUGCCGCUCUCAUUCUGCGACUCUGCAACUUUCGCCGUUAACCCCCUUCACUCGUCACAAUGGCUGAACAAACCGAGAAGGCUUUUCUCAAGCAACCUAAAGUGUUUCUAUGCUCGAAGAAAAGUGGGAAGGGAAAGAGGCCCGGAAAGGGUGGAAACCGUUUCUGGAAAUCCAUUGGCCUUGGAUUUAAGACUCCCAGGGAUGCCAUUGAAGGAACCUAUAUUGACAAGAAAUGCCCCUUUACCGGAACUGUUUCCAUCCGUGGCCGAAUCUUAGCUGGAACUUGUCACAGUGCUAAGAUGAAUAGGACUAUCAUUGUUAGGAGGAAUUAUCUUCAUUUUAUCAAGAAGUAUCAGAGAUACGAGAAAAGACAUUCGAAUAUUCCUGCACAUAUAUCACCCUGCUUCCGUGUGAAGGAAGGAGAUCAUGUUAUUAUUGGCCAAUGCAGGCCACUUUCAAAGACGGUGAGGUUCAAUGUGUUGAAAGUGAUCCCAGCUGGAUCUUCAAGUGGUGCAAAGAAGGCAUUUGCUGGAAUUUGAGAUUUGAUUCAGUUUUUUGUUGAAGGAUAAUGUUAUCUUAUUAGUUAGUAAAACUGAUUCCUGGAAGAUUAUCAUAUAAAGAUAUGAUCAAUUUUGGAUUUCCUUUAAGAUUA